AUGUCCAAACAAAAUAAGUACAUCCUCCUCUCUCUUCCGAACUCCAUUACCCCUUCCCAUCACCGCGACGACGCAUUUAAUGCCAUCACCAAAACAGCCUCUUCCGAGAAUGGCGUAGUAACCGCCUUCCAGGUACCCGAGUUCAAAAUCGGGACCCUAGAUGCUCUAGUGCAGCAAGCAGAUGAGCUGGCCAAGGCCGAAGCUACAUGUCAAACAGUGGUAGGGAAGAUAGGGGACGUACUGAGGAGCAUACUAGAAGGCGAUGAAGAGCAGAUGCAGCGUAUGAGGAUGGUCAAUGAUAAGCCUGUUGAUCAGUACCUACGAACGUUCUCAUGGAAUAAAGUCAAGUAUCGAGCAGACAAACCACUGUCAGAGCUCAUCGAUCUACUGCAAAAAGAGACGACCAGCAUUGAUAACGAUCUACGCGCUAAAUUUACCCAGUACAACCAAGUGAAAUCCAGUCUAGCUACAUUGCAGAGGAAGCAGACAGGAAACUUAGCUACGAGGUCUCUCGCAGGAAUAGUUGACCCACGCCAGCUCGUUCAGAAUUCCGAGUACAUAGAAACCCAUCUCAUUGCUAUCCCCUCACGAGAUAGCAAGAACUUUCUUCGUUCCUACGAAACGCUCUCUCCGAUGGUUGUGCCACGGUCUGCGACAUGUAUCGCAUCAGACGAUGACUUUACGCUAUACGGAGUGACAACAUUUAGGAAACACAGCCAUGAAUUUGUCCACAAAUGCCGAGAGAAUAAGUGGACACCUAGAGACUUCAAGUAUGUUGAGGGUGGCGAAGAGCAGGAGCGGAAAGAGGUUGAACAAGUCGGCGCUGAUUCAAAAAGGCUAUGGGGAGAAGCCCUGCGACUGGGUAGGACAGGGUGGAGCGAAGCUGUUAUGGCCUGGAUUCAUCUUCUGGCCUUAAGAGUAUUUGUUGAAACAGUUUUGAGGUAUGGGUUACCUCUGGACUUCGUCUGUGCUUUAAUCAAGACAACUUCUAAAAAUAGUCGAAAAACCAAAGCUCUACUGGAUGAUUCAUAUUCUUAUCUUGGAGGUAACGCUUUCAUUCGAGAUAAGAAGGGUCGUGUUCGGAAGGAUGAAUCUGAAAUGCAACACCUUGCGAGUGGAGAGAGCGGGGCGGACUACACGGCUUAUGUUUACUAUGAAUUUGAGCUUGAGUAA